AGCCAGUUACUUAGUAAUAAUUAUUAUUAAAUUUAGUUUCCAUUACUCGAAAUAUGACUGCAAUAGUUCGAGGUCCACUAUGCUGUAGUUUAUUAAAACUAAUAGCUGCAAGAUUGGAGUAUGGAAUAACGCGCCACUACGCCAGCGCUAAUCGCGUGAAGCCAUUUAGACGGGUUGACGUUACAGACCGAGCCAGAAAUGAAGCAAAAGCUAUGGAAAUGCGUAAUCAAUACGCUGCAGCUGAAGAAGCCAUCACUUCCGGGAAAAGCGUCGAGUCCGUUGGUCAGUCUUUAGCAAGUAGAGGGUACCUACGACCAGUAAAACCCUACUCUCCUCCAAAGGAUGUGCGAGAUAAAAUCUUAGAAUUAUCAAAGGUUCUGAGUAAGACCAAUUCGAAUGAAAAAUUCGCUGACGUACAGCAGAAAUUUGCACUGCUUUCCGCUUGCCAUAAAGCCUUCAAUCAUGCUGUUCCAAAUUCCCAAUUGCACGAAAUCACGUCCAUCGACGACACCAUUGCCUUUUAUCAGACACCAGUCGAUACAACUCUCCCGCUAGAUGCGCUCAAAACGGUUGAUCUGCCGCAAAACCUAUUCAUACAGCAUGAAUACAUUCGGUUUCAUCCAGAGAGCGAUACAAUGUUUGGCGGUAAAUCGGCAUUCCCCAAAAGUUCAACCAUAGUGACCGGACUGAAGUACAAGGAUAAAUACCGUGGCCACAUAGCAAAGAAAUCUUGGCCCUAAAUGCAGUAGCCUGACGUCUGAGUACUAGCAGUGAAUAAAUAUGUUUUUCUUUUCAUUCGCCAGUUUUCUACUAGGUACCUAAUUUAGAAUUGAACAAACUACUUAUUGACGCCAAUCCUGUUUGCCGUCUAAUUGGAAACUGCGUGUACUAUUUGCGAUCUUCGUAAUACAUACUGUAUAUCAUAGGCUGAUUUUGCUACUAGC